AUGAUAUUUUCUUCAACUACUAAUACAUCGUUUCUAAUCAUUGCUGACAGUUACGGCAAGUGUCUAUCACCUACUGUUUCUACACCACAUUAUUCUAUUACCACAUACUCUAUUUCCGGAUUACGUUGGUUUAAUCCAUACGAUGACAAUUUGAAUCUAUUUGCUUUAAUUCAAACCGAAAAAUUUUCUUCUUUAUUUUCUACUACAUCUAACAUUUUAUUUCUCGUCGGAAUAAAUUCAGUUCGUAAUUUACCGGCCACAAAUGUCAUCCAACAACUUGAUCAGUUUCUUCAUCUUCUUUUUUCUAAUUACACUCAUUUAACGGCAGGCCAAAUUAUAAUCACAACUUGUCCUCCUUGUUUGAAAAUAUCGAAUCGCUAUUCGAACAUUUCAUUAUUACAAAAUAAUAUCGAUUACUACAAUCAUUUAUUAUUUUCUCUUUCAUCAAAAUAUAAAGUUUCUGUCUUGGAUUUAAAGAUAUCGUUCGAAUGGCUAGGCCGUGAUGGUCUUCAUAUCGAUUAUGUUUACCGUGAAGAGUUUUCUAAUAUCAUAUUGAAUUAUAUUAAUAAUACCAAUAUGCAUCAACAAACAUCUUCUAAUGUUUCAACUCGUUCACAUUAUUCAAUUUCUAAACGUAAUAGAAAAAGAAAUUUAAAAAUUAGAAACCUUCAAAGAAACUUUACCUUAAUUCGGGAAAUUUCUGAUCAGUGGUCAUAUUAUCAUAUUAAGAACUUUUUAAGGUUCAAUCAUAUUUCUUUUGAUAGAUUAUUAAUUCUAUCACAACACACGUUACAUUUAUACUUUAAUAACUCACCACUUAUGCAACGUGCUGAUCAAGCUUUAUCUAUCAACAUAUUUAAUGAUGAUACUUUUUUUCAUUGGGUUCGUUCUAAACCAUAA